GAGAUCAAAUCAAAAAUUCAUACAAGAGGAUUUAUUAGACAAACAUUAUUUUCUGUGGAUAAUUUAAUUAUUUUUCCGAAAUUUACCUUUCUUCGUAGCGUCAAUUUCUAGUUUAUGUGAAGUCUGUCCCCUCAGCUGAUCACCGGACUGUACAUUCCAAUAUUCAGGGUUUAAUUGUAACCACUCGGACUGUAAUAAGCAGAGGAAUGUAGCUAACCUAGAGACACAACACAAUGACUGUUGUUAGGUUUAUUAGUGUCAAGAAGAACAUUCAGCUCUAAAUAAUACUUUAGUUAGCCUGACCUUUCCAAUAUUUAUGUUGUCUUAUGCAAGAUUUUAGAACCAUCAACUCGAGUAUAUUGUUAUUUACUUCAUUUUAUAAGUUUUUAAAAACUUUUACUUUCUUUCGUUUGCAUUUUUUAUUCAAAAGACAUGGACAUUAAAAAAAUCAAGGAGAAAAUUGAAUCUGGGGACAUCGAAGGUGCGAAAAGCAUGAUAGAAAGCCGUUCAGACAGAAUUAACCUAAGAGAUUCAAACGGUAAAACUUAUCUGAUGGCUGCUUCUGCAGAGGGCAACAUAGUUUUAAUAAACUUGUUAAUAGAUGCUGGAGCAGAUUUGGACAAGAGAGACACAAGGGGUCGGACAGCUUUUUAUCAUGCUGUGUUUGGGCAUCAACUUCAAGCUGUGACAAUAUUAUUAUCCCGGGGCAGCGAUGUGGAGAGGAAGGACACCAAUGGAUUCACUCUUCUCCAUUUGGCUGCGGGGAGGGGGCACGAAUGGAAAGAUGUGGUCGCAGCGUUACUACAAACAAAGGGGGAGACCGCAAUUGAGGUGAAUCAACGAGAUAACUCCUUUGGUGCUACACCUCUUCACUUUGCCUGUUUCCAGGGACACACAGACACAGUUCGCCUCUUAUUGAAUCACGACGGCAUCGAUGCCAAUGCAAUGGACAAAGAUGGUGACACACCUCUGCAUCUGGCAGUUCGAAAGCGACACCAUGAUGUGGUGACUUUGAUGCUGUCCCAGGAUGCGGUAAAACUGGAUAAGAAGAACCAUAAGGAAAUGACUCCUUUGCUUGAAACCGUCUCCCAAGGUCACCUCGGAAUGAUGCACAAAUUAAUAGACCGAGGAGCAAGCAUAAAUGUUGUUGAUGGUGAAGGUAACAGUUGUUUGCACCUUGCUGUUAAAAAUGAUAUGUUUGAUUCCGAGGGCAUAACGAUGGAUAUUUUAGAUGAGUACUGCAAUGAGCUGGACCUGAGAAAGGAAGAAAGGCUCUCUGGCACUGUGGUGGCUAGAUAUCUAGCCGGUCAGGGAGCCGACUUUUACUAUAAAAAUGACAAGAAUAACACACCAUUGGACCUCAUUAAGAAUUCAAAUUUGAGAGAAAAAUUACAAACAUUUUUACCCCCAGUAUGUUUGCGGUGCAGAAAUAGAACAGCAACCAUAAAAUACCAUCCAUGCGAACAUCUUUUGAUAUCUAAGCAAUGUUCAAUCGUUCCACUUCAACGAUGCCUGAAGUGUCGGAAACUUGUAACAAGCAAAAGUGAAGUUGAGACUGCAAAGGUUGAAACGAAGGAAGUGCGGACUGUGACAAAGAGAGUUGAGAGUCCAAAGUUUAAAGAGAAGGGGGUCCAGACAGUGGCAGAACCAUUUGUGAGUCCAAAGUUUGAGGAGAAGGAAGUCCAGACAGAGACAGAGCCAGGUGAUUCUCAAAAACUGGAAGAGAAGGAUCUCCUGAAAGUGGCACUUCGGUUAGGUGGUGAAUGGUGGAAAGUUGGUAUUUUCUUGGAUAUUAAAACUUCUGAGCUGGAAAUUAUCAAGCGUGACAAUAGUAAUGACAUUGUAGAACAGAGCUAUCAGAUGAUGUACAAAUGGUUCACAAGUUGUGAUCCAAAGAGACGUACAGCUGAAACAAUAAAAGCAGCUCUUGAAGAAGCUGAAUGUUAUAAUGCCCUUGAAUGUCUAUCGCUGGACAAAAACUGAAUCUCUGUGUAGUUGCUGAUCUUCUUAAGUCCAAGGUCUAGCUUCGCCAACAGAUACCCAUGAUCAAAUGCCUUCCAUCCAGGACCAUCCUAUCCUUAUCCUAAUUCUAUGACUAGGAAGACCCAUAGAGAGAGAUGGAGCGGAGAGACCAGAUCCAUACUAUCUAUGUCUAUCAGGUAAAGAAAAUGAUCGCACAUGCACUAGGAGCUAGUAUAAGCGUUACCCUAAAAGGCCACACAUUUAAGUUUAACAAUAAAAUAUAUGCCCAGGAUGAGGGGGCAGCAAUCGGCGUUAGUAUCGCCGGUGAUGUGGCCAACCUUUUCAUGGUAUGGUGGGACAGAAGGCUUAAGGAACGGCUGACACAGAACUCCAUACUCGUAAACAUGUACUCUCGCUAUGUUGAUGAUAUCAACAUAGUGGUAAAGGCA